AUGAUUUUUGGGGGGAACAAGAUUAAUGGUGUUCCCUUUUCAGCAGCAAAAAAGACAAAGGUUUCGGUGACUCAUAGCAAGAGACGGGAAGUCGCUGAAGACGACACCUUCACGGAGGAAGACGUUGAUGGAUUCCUACUACCGCACAACGAUGACCUGGUAAGUUCUCUUAAUGUUUUAGAUUUUAAAAUUAAACGCGUUUUGGUGGACCCGGGAAGUUCAACAAAUAUCAUUCAAUGGAGAGUGCUGGAACAAGCUAAGCUAAUCGGAAGCAUCAUUCCAGCCACAAAGCUCCUCGCUAGGUUCAACUUAGCAAGUGUGACAACCCGAGGGGAGAUCUUGCUGUUGCUGCCCACAAACACCGAAGGAGUCAUCAAGACUACCUUGUUUGAAGUAGUAGACGACGACAUGGGCUACAACAUUAUUCUUGGCAGACCAUGUCUACACGAGAUGAAGGUUGCACCAUCCAUAAACCAUCAGCUCCUGAAAUUCCCAACUCUAGAGGGAAUUAAACAAAUAAGAGGAGAUCAACUGAUGGCAAGGGAAAUGAACACGAUCUCGGUUUCCAUUAGCAAAGGGAAGGAACAUGCGGCAUAG